AUGUACAACAUUAUCGUUGAAACCGUCCCGAUAGAACGAUUCGUCUACCGCCCAAUUGACCUGACACGGAAAUCGAUACGGCUCCUUCGAAUAAUCCGCGGCGAUUGCGGCCUUAUCAAAUGCGAGCUCUUUGACGCGUGGCUAGAAGACGAUGGAGGUAUAAUAGAAUACGAAGCACUGUCGUACACCUGGGGCGGUUCAGAAAAGCUGCACAUGGUCAUAAUUAACGACAAACCGUUUCAAGUCACAGCAAAUCUAUCACAAGCACUACAAGAUCUGCGAAACCCGGACAAGGAUCGGAUUCUCUGGAUUGAUGCAAUCUGUAUUGAUCAGGACAACGACCCGGAAAGGGGACAUCAAGUGCAGCAGAUGUCAUUGAUCUAUAAGAGAGCUGAUCGCGUCAUCGUUUGGUUAGGACCUUCUAGCUCGUCUACAGGUCGGGCCUUCGAUCACAUGCAAAGGCUGGAGGAGAAAGCAGCCGACUAUGCGUACAACAACUGGACGACGUCAGACGAGCGAUGGCUGGAGAUUUGGAAUAAACUCCACUCCGAUAUGGCCAUCGAACCGAGCUCAAUUCUCCCCUUUAUACGAAGCGAUCUUGCAAGCCUGCUACGACGGCCAUGGUUUGAGCGGGUCUGGAUCAUACAAGAAGUGGCGAAUGCGAAAUCUGGAAGAGUCGUCUGUGGCGAUAGAUCGGUUUCUAUACGCAUAUUCGCCGUGUUCCCGACGUUGAUGGACAUCGCACUCGACGUGCAAUGCCAAAGUAUCAUAGAUGUCAUGCCGGGCUCGACACGGAAAUAUUCUUGGUGGGCAAAGAAGCACGAUCUCCACACCUUGCUGGUCAAAUUCCGUGGAAGCAAGGCGUCUGAUCCGCGAGACAAGAUAUAUGCACUUCUCGGUAUUUCGUCAGAUAUCAGUGGCAUGGAUACUCUCACAGCAGACUACGAGAAAUCACUGCAGGAGAUCAUCCACGACACCGCGUUCUACCUCCUU